CCUCUGAUUAAAGGAUGUUUCUGAACCUGACAAACAAUAUUGACUUUAGGGUUUUUUCAGCCCAGAGUAGUGACUGCAGGUUCCUCUCAGGUUGUAGUAUUGAUGGCGUUGGCCGUGCAGCUUGGUUGUAUAUUUUGUCACUGUAUGUUAAUGUGUGUAAGCAGCUCUGGCUUCAGUUUUCAUUCAUCACAUUUAUUAGUGAGCUCCCUCUGUUUCCAGUCUCUGUUGGUAUUUUAGGUUUCGUGUUUUCUCUGCGGAGUGGUUCGUCGUGUCGGUGGAGAGGAUCUGUGCAGUUCGGACUCGGAGCUCCAGCAUCUCUGCGGAGGAUCAGGAUGCUCUUCACGUCCUCCUCCUCCUCCUCCUCCUCCUCCUCGCCGACACAGACCCUCUGAUCCUCCGGACCCGCUGCUGUCUCCAGACCCGGACCCCGGUCGGACGCGUCCCCGCUCCACGUCCUGUCCAGACCCGGACCCAUUGUCUGUUGGUUUAAACGCUGCAUUCUGUGAGAGGGACGCUGCAUGGGCACGAGGCGGGGGUGUUGAGGGGGGGUUUUUAUUUUAUUUUGGACCCCGCGCGCGUGCGUCUCACCACGAGUUGGUGUUUGUUUACGAGACAUCACAAAAUAAAACCGGGUUCGGGAUUUAAAAUGUCGGAUUUCCUUUUGUAUUGGCUCCAGACAGAAAACCCGGACCUGAGGAUCCGUCUGGGGGGCUGACGGAACCUGGACGCACCAGCUGCACGCGCACACCUCUGAUAUAUCCUGUCACCUGUACCUGCUCACCUGUGAGCGGACACAUGUCUCAGAUCCAGCACGCGGCUCCGGACCAGCCGGGCCAGUACAACCAGAUCUGCACCCGCAGCAGCAGCGGCUCGUGUCCGGCCCCCGCCGGGGGACCAGAGCCGUGCUGCCCGGGCCACAGGAGCCGGACCCCCCGCAGGAAGUGGCAGGUGUUCCCCGGACGGAACCGGUUCUACUGCGGCGGAAGGAUCAUGAUGGCGAGACAGACCGGAGUCUUCUACCUGACCCUGGUCCUCAUCCUGCUCACCUGCGGCCUCUUCUUCACCUUCGACUGUCCCUUCCUGGCGUCCAACCUGACACCGGCCAUCCCGGCAGUUGGCGGCGUCCUCUUCAUCUUUGUGAUGGGGAUGCUGUUCAGGGCAAGUUUUACCGACCCCGGUGUCCUGCCCCGAGCCACACCGGACGAGGCAGCCGACCUGGAGAGGUCAAUAGACUCGCUGGGCUGCUCCAGGCCGCCGCCGCGCACUAGAGAGGUCCUGAUCAAUGGGCAGACGGUCAAACUGAAGUACUGCUUCACCUGCAAGAUCUUCAGGCCGCCGCGAGCGUCUCACUGCAGCCUGUGUGACAACUGCGUUGAGCGCUUCGACCAUCACUGUCCGUGGGUCGGGAACUGCGUUGGACGGAGGAACUACCGCUUCUUCUACCUCUUCAUCCUCUCGCUGUCCCUCCUCACCAUCUUCAUCUUCGCCUUCGUCAUUACACACGUCAUCCUCAGAUCAAACCGGACAGGAUUCCUGAGCGCGCUCAAAGACAGCCCGGCCAGCGUCCUGGAGGUGGUGGUGUGUUUCUUCUCUGUCUGGUCGAUCGUCGGUCUCUCUGGGUUCCACACCUACCUGAUCAGCUCCAACCAGACCACCAACGAGGACAUUAAAGGGUCCUGGUCCACCAAGCGAGGGAAGGAUAACUUCAACCCCUACAGCUACGGAAACAUCCUGACCAACUGCUGCGCUGCCCUGUGUGGACCUCUUCCUCCCAGUUUGAUUGACAGGAGAGGGCUGAUCCAGUCUGACACGCCACAGACCGUCUCCCAGUCCAACGGGACCAGCGGCGCCGGCUACGCCUCCACCCAGCUCCACAGUCGCAUGUGUGAUCAGGAUCAGUGCAUCCAGAGCACCAAGUUUGUCCUCCAGGCCGCCACCACCCCUCUGAUCCACAGCGACCCCGUGGUGCUGGCGCCUCUGCCAGGGAAGACCGCCACGCUGGGGCGCCCCUGCGCCUACCUGGCCCCCUCCCAGCCCUCCCUGCCGUCCUGCGGGGGAGACGUCCUCACCCUGAGGGACGCCGCCGCCGACUCCCGCUGCCACCAUCACCUCCACCAUCACCACCAUCACCACCACCACCACCACUUCGUCAGCCCGGAGGAGACGCCGUGUACUACGCCGCAGGGCGCCCUGCCCUGCCCCGCCCACCUGAACUUACACCCCCACCCGCCUGUCCCCGCCCCCUCCGCCCUGUACGACCCAUCCAGUCAGGACGCCCUGCACGAGGACUCCGUCAGAGGGCUCGUUAAACUCAGCUCCGUCUGAGCCGAGCCGCUUCAGACUU